AUGUCUCCAUCUCCGGCUUGCCAAUCUUCCGGGUCCGAAGGCGGUCCCCAGCUCGUGGUGGAUGAGAGGAAGCGGAAGAGGAUGCUCUCAAACAGGGAGUCCGCAAGGAGGGCCCGGAUGAGGAAGCAGCAGCGUCUCGAUGAGCUGACAAACCAAGCAGCUCAGCUUAGGAAUGAGAAUGAGCAGAUCGUCAUGCAGGUCAAUUUGAUCAGUCAGCAAUACCUCAAGCUGGAGUCAGAGAACUCUGUUGUGGGAGCUGAGGUGAUGGAAUUGACUGAGAGGCUGCAAUCUCUGAAUUCGAUGCUCCAAAUCUUCCAGGAGGUCAGCGGGAUGGCGAUGGACAUACCGGAGAUACCGGACCCGCUCCUGAGGCCAUGGCUGCUCCCUUGCCCUGCCCAGCCAAUCAUGGCCUCUGCGGACUUGUUCCAGUUCUGA